AAACACCCGUCAAAAUAGUUCGUCUAAGUUUUCUAUUCACAAUUCUCAAAACAUGAUUUUAAUAUCUAUAUUCACUAAUCCCUCAGUCAUCGUUAGGAAUAUAUAUAUCCUCCUAAACUGAGAAAUAUCUUCAAACAGAGUUUUAAGUUUGUUUUCAUGGGGAGGAUUCUAUGUUUAUUACUUGGGGUGGGGAUCUUUUUGUUCUUGUUCAGGAUUGUCUUAUUCAAAACUGGUUUGAUUCACACGGUUAAGAAAUGGAGGAGGACCAUCAUCGAUCUCUUUCAUGUUUACCAGCACUUCAAGGUCCCUGAAUUCAACGACGUCCAAGAAAACCAUCUCUACCGGAAAGUGUACACGUACCUGAAUUCAUUGAGCUCCAUAGAAGAUUCAAAUUUCACCAACCUCUUCACGGGGAAAAAGUCAAACGAGAUCAUCCUCCGCUUGGAUCAAAACCAGGCUGUUGGAGAUGAGUUUCUAGGCGCCAAAGUUUGUUGGAUCAACAAAGAAGACGACGAAGACGGAGCGAGGAGUUUCGUUUUGAAGAUACGUAAAGCCGAUAAACGGAGAAUUCUAGCUCCCUAUCUCCAGCAUAUACACACAGUAUCCGAUGAGCUUGAACAACAGAGAAACACAGAGCUGAAGCUUUUCAUCAACGUGGCUGAUGAAAAGAAGAACAUACGCUGGAGAUCGACGUCGUUUAAUCUACCUUGCACAUUCGAAAAUAUCGCCAUGGAAACGGAUCUGAAGAACAAGGUCAAAUCCGACCUCGAAUCGUUCCUCAAGGGGAAACAAUACUAUAACCGCCUUGGCCGCGUUUGGAAACGGAGCUACCUCUUGUACGGACCUUCCGGCACCGGAAAAUCAAGCUUCGUCGCAGCCAUGGCGAAUUUUUUGAACUACGAUGUUUACGACAUAGAUCUCUCCAAGGUAGCGGAUGAUUCCGAUCUUAAGAUGCUUCUGUUACAGACGAGAGCUAAGUCAGUGAUCGUGAUCGAGGAUCUCGACCGUUUCAUCGCUUCGAAAUCAACGGCUGUGAGCGUUUCGGGGAUUUUGAAUUUUACUGAUAGUAUCCUCACCUCUUGCGCGGGAGAUGAACGGAUCAUGUUGUUCACGAUGACGGGGAAAGAGCAUAUCGACCCGGCUAUGCUCCGACCGGGUCGGGUCGACGUUCACAUCCACUUCCCGUUAUGCGAUUUCGCGGCGUUUAAGACGUUGGCCAGCAACUACUUGGGGGUUAGAGAGCACAAGCUUUUCCCUCAAGUGGAAGGGAUUUUUCAAAACGGUGCGUCUUUGAGUCCCGCGGAGAUCGGAGAGCUGAUGAUCGCGAAUCGGAGUUCGCCGACUCGUGCGCUCAAGUAUGUGAUCAACGCUUUGCAGACGGACGGAGAUCGGAGAGGGAAUGCACGGCGUUCGUUUCUAGAAAGCGGCUCGAGGAGAUCGAUGUCGGAGGAUGCUUCUAGUGAAAUGAGUGGUUCUCUUUGCGGUGGCGGAGGAAGCUCGCCGGCGGUGAAGGAGUUUAAGAAGUUGUAUGGGUUGUUGAGAAUCAAGAGUAGUAGAAAGUCUGAGUCGUACGAUGCGGCUCGAGAUAUCCACGUGGAUUAAUUGUAUUGGCUGAAAUAGAGGAUGUUCGUCUGUGUUUUUCCCUCCUUUUUUUCUUUCUAGUUAAUGUACAAAAAAUUCGCAAGUUAAUUUGGUACGAAGAAAAGAAAGCCCAAGUGGACCGGUUGCAAAAAAGCCCAAUUAAA